UUUCUCUCCUUCUCAUGUGCCCGUGACCCGAAAACUGGUACUUCCUCUGCUCUCUUCUCCUCUCUCUAGGGUUCUUUCUUCCUCUCACAUCUCAGUAACUCUCAACUCCAACCAUGGCAGAUUCACCCACAUCAACAACAACAAAGCACUCUCCAACAAAAACUAACACAGUACGGGACCACAAGAAGAGCUCACUAUCUUCUUCUCCUCCUCCAUUCGGAACCCAGAGGUUCAUGGCCAUUGCUUACGCAUUCACCUUCGCAUUCGUCGCUUGCACCAUCUUCUUCUUCUUCACCACCCCUUCAACCUCCUCCUCUUCCAUAUGGUUCACCAACAUCUUCAAGAACAAAUCUCAGUUCACCACCAUUUUCUCUCACCUCUUCCCCACCAACACCUCCUCUCACAACUCUUCUAUUUCCAGAUCCCAGAUCUCCCCUUCCCAAUUUUCCCAGGAAAAUCACGGGUUUUCCGGGAAAAUUCCCACUCCAUCUGAAGGCAGUAGUAAUUCAUCAUCUGAAGCCCAUUAUGAAAACCCAAGUUCUGAAACUAAGGCAAUUGGUGAUUCUAUUAAGUUUCAUGGCAAUGAGAGUUCGCCAAGUAGGGUACCGAAUGCUAGUAUAAAAGGGGAUGUGGAUAAGCAUUUGGUACUAAAUUCCUCAUUGCAAAAUGUGAACAAUGAUAGCUUAAAAGGGGUUAUAGAGAAGAACACGACGAUGAAUCAUACUGUUUUGUUGAAGAAAGAGAGUAAUUUAACAAGUGGGUCUUUGAUGGUGACACAAAGAACAGAGACUUGGUUGGAUAUGUUGAGUGAUUGUAAUAUUUUCAAUGGGAAAUGGGUGAAGGAUGAUUCAUAUCCGCUAUAUAAGCCUGGCUCAUGUCCUCACAUUGAUGAGCCAUUCAAUUGUUUUCUCAAUGGCAGGGGUGAUAAUGGUUAUGAGAAGUUCAGGUGGCAACCCAAUGGUUGCAGAAUUCCAAGGUUGAAUGGCAAAGAUAUGCUGGAACUAUUGAGAGGAAAGCGGUUAGUUUAUGUGGGUGAUUCUCUGAAUAGGAAUAUGUGGGAAUCAAUGGUUUGUAUACUUAGAAAUUCAGUGGAAGAUAAGAGCAAAGUUUUUGAAGCCUCUGGUAGACGCGAAUUUCGAACUGAGGGUUCAUACUCUUUUAUAUUUAAGGAUUACAACUGUUCAGUUGAGUUCUUUCGAUCUCCAUUUUUGGUUCAAGAAUGGGAAAUGCCAGACACGAAUGGAUCGAAGAAGGAAACGCUUCGUCUUGAUAUGGUUGAAAGGUCAUCUGACCGAUACAAAAGUGCAGAUAUCCUUGUCUUUAACACUGGCCAUUGGUGGACUCAUGAGAAAACUUCCAGAGGGAAGGGUUACUAUCAAGAAGGUUCCCAUAUUUAUGGUGAAUUGAAUGUCGUCGAGGCAUUCCGGAAAGCUUUGACAACAUGGGCAAGAUGGAUUGAUGCCAAUAUAAAUCCUGUAAAGACCCUGGUGUUCUUUAGGGGCUACUCUGUCUCUCAUUUUAGAGGUGGACGCUGGAAUUCUGGUGGGCAAUGUGACAGUGAGACAGAGCCAAUAAAAAAUGAGACUUAUCUUGCAAAAUAUCCUCCGAAAAUGAGAACGUUAGAGCGGGUGAUGAAAGGCAUGCAGACACCAGUUCUCUACCUGAACAUUACGAGAAUGACUGAUUAUCGCAAGGAUGCACACCCAUCAAUUUACAGGAAACAGAAAUUAACAGAGGAGGAGAGACGGUCGCCAUUGAGAUUCCAGGAUUGCAGUCAUUGGUGUCUUCCUGGUCUUCCUGAUACUUGGAAUGAGCUCCUGUAUGCUCAAUUGAUAAAACAUACGCAGAAGCAACAGAAGAAACAACCACACCAAGAACAGCAGCAACAAAGACCAUAGGUAAACUAACAAUACAGCUAAGUAGAACACUUUCAGUAGCUAGUUUUUGGAUUAAUGUGUAAACAUGUAUUAUUAGUAAUUGUAAUGAUUUUAAUGAAAACGUAGAGAUAAGCUGGAGAAUAUCCAAGAAAUAGAUUCAAAAUUUUUAAUUGUUUUCGAGAGAAAAAUUGGGGUGGUGGUACUGUGGUAGGUUUGAGAUGUAACAAAAAUAUUGGUAUAUAAGAGAGGAGGUGGUGGAUAUUUUAUUUUUGUUGUAGCUUAUUAGUGAGGAGCUAUCUCCCACUGCUUUUUCCCCGGCACUGACCCAAUAGGCUUAUGACUUGAAGAUUGUAAAUUCUUAAUAAUGCUGUCCUGAUUUGCUCUAAGCAUGAAAA